CCCUUCCUUCUUUUGCGCCGCUCCUCUAGGCAGAACUGCGAGAGAACGUGAUCGAUCGAAUUUUAAAAAAGGCACACAUCCACCCCUGUGCUCCCGAGAUCACGAAAUUACUUUAUAUCUCCUGAAUACAAAUCGGGAGUUCGUGUUUCGUGAUUCUUUCAUUCCGCGUGUGAGCUCGCAGAUUCCAACUUCACGCCCGCGAGGUACAUAGACCGUACAAAAUGUCGAACCUCGCAGAUCCAGUCGCGUUCGCCAAGGACUUCCUCGCCGGCGGUAUCUCGGCCGCCGUGUCCAAGACCGCCGUAGCGCCCAUCGAGCGCGUCAAGCUGCUGCUGCAGGUGCAGCACGUCAGCAAGCAGAUCGCCGAGGACCAGCGCUACAAAGGUAUCAUCGACGCCUUCGUCCGCAUUCCCAAAGAGCAGGGCCUGAUCUCGUUCUGGCGUGGAAACUUCGCCAACGUCAUCAGGUACUUCCCCACGCAGGCGCUCAACUUCGCCUUCAAAGACAAGUACAAGCAGGUGUUCCUCGGAGGAGUCGACAAGAACACGCAGUUCUGGCGCUACUUCGCCGGCAACUUGGCGUCGGGCGGUGCCGCCGGCGCCACCUCGCUGUGCUUCGUGUACCCGCUCGACUUCGCGAGAACCCGGCUCGCCGCCGACGUCGGCAAGGGCGACGGCCAGCGCGAGUUCACCGGUCUGGGCAACUGCCUGACCAAGAUCUUCAAGUCUGAUGGGCUCGCCGGCCUGUACAGAGGCUUCGGCGUGUCGGUGCAGGGCAUCAUCAUCUACCGCGCCGCGUACUUCGGUUUCUACGACACAGCGCGCGGCAUGCUGCCCGACCCCAAGAACACGCCCAUCGUCAUCAGCUGGGCCAUCGCGCAGACCGUCACCACCGUGGCCGGCAUCAUCUCCUACCCCUUCGACACGGUGCGGCGGCGCAUGAUGAUGCAGUCGGGCCGCGCCAAGAGCGAGGUGCUGUACAAGGGCACGCUGCACUGCUGGGCCACCAUCGCGCGCACGGAGGGAGGCGGCGCCUUCUUCAAGGGCGCCUUCUCCAACGUGCUCAGAGGCACCGGCGGCGCCUUCGUGUUGGUGCUGUACGACGAAAUCAAGAAGCUCCUAGGUUAGGUUUCGAUUGUGAUUCUGAAUCACGCCUAGCCACUCCCCUGAAAUCAUGUAUUAAGUAUUUAGGAUCAACACAAAAAAAACGAACCUAGUAACUUAUUUUUUAGUUAAAUAAAAAUGAUUCCAUAUAUUUUUCGUUUCAUUAAAGUUAGGUCGCAAGUGUUACAUAAUUUAACAAACGCCCAGUGUUUGAAGUUUUAACUUAAUUAAAAUGUGUUCUAAAUUCGAAAUCAGUUAUUGAUCUUGAAAUAGACUUCUUUCUAUAAUUCUAUUUGUCUACUGACAGUUACAUAAUGACCUCAUUUGUGUUGGCAUUUGAGGCCAAGGCUGCAUGACAUCUAUUAUAACCUCUUCAUUAUUUAGAACAUAUUUGUCCUGGAUAUGAACAUAAUGUAAAGGGAGUGAUAUAAAAAUGUAUAGUGAGUUAUGUAAUGCUUGUAUUCAAUUUGCUGUGAACUAUCUUCAAUCAUGUGACUGUGGCAGCUGUUAUAUAACCUGCCAGGAUGUGGUGCAAGUGUGCUUCGAACAGAACUGCUCUACUUCUAGUGAUCCAUUGUUUGAGCCCAUAUUUUGUGAAUCUUGACUCCUACCAACCUUGUAAAGGUCAUUCGUCUGUUACAGUUACUUUAUUAAUCACUAACAAUUAAUUUUAAGUCAAGAAUUUGAUUGGUUUGAGUCAAGAAGUGCAAAAUGUGUGUGACUUAGUAGGUAACAUAUUUGUGUGCGUGCAAGGAGUGUGUGUUGCAUUAAACUAUGUGAAUUGUUCCCUCGGUGUGAGUUUUUUGUAAGGAAAACUUCAUGCAGUACGAGAGAUUAAAAUAUUAAAUGUU